AUGAUAUCAGUAAGGUAUGAUGACCCUUCUAAAGUCAGUGUUUCGGAUGCUAUUAACGUAUCUGGAAACAUUUACUCCCACAAAUAUCCAUGCUCAACAUCAGACUGCACCCCAUAUGCGAUUUUAUUUAACCCUGGUAUGUAUAAAAUUGAAUUAUGGGGUGCCUCUGGUGGAUUUCUGGAUAAUCUUGGUGCCCAUGGCUCCUAUACAAGUGGUCUACUUCCUAUUUACAGUCCUCGUACUUUGUAUAUAUAUCUUGGCCAAAAAGGUGAAUGGGCCGGUCAGGCCACUUUUAAUGGUGGUGGAAAAGGAACAGUAAAUGUUACGAACCCAGAAAAUCAUGUUUCAGGGGGCUCCGGCGGUGGGGCGAGUGAUCUCCGCCUAACUAAUGGACCCUGGAAAAAUUUUGAAAGUUUGAAAUCUCGAAUUGAGGUGGCUGCUGGCGGCGCUGGAACUUCAUUCUAUAAUGAUAUACCAAUAGAUGGUGGUGCUGGAGGUGUUCUUGAAGGCUACAACGGUACCAUUCGCUACUGUUAUCAACCAUAUAAAAUUACAAAUUCCAGUGGAGGAACACAAACUUCAGGUGGACUUGGCUCCAACUCCUCUGGAAUUAAUGGUGGGUUUGGAUAUGGUGGCGAUUGUGGGAGUGGACAUCAUGGCAGCGGUGGUGGCGGGGGCUAUUACGGAGGUGGGAGCGGCGGUUUUGUCUCAUGCCGAGUUACAAGCGGAUCAGGCGGCUCUUCUUAUAUAUCAGGGUUUGAUGGAUGUCGAGCAAUAGCAAAAGAUUCAAAACCAAAUUCGAUACAUCAUACGUGGAGCUCAUUACACUACUCAGGACUCCGAUUUUAUUCUCCUUCAAUCAAAGAUGGCAUGUCAGAAAUUCCUUGCACAAACUCAACCAUUGAUGAGUCAUGUACUCAGAUCGGAAAUUACGGUCAUGGUUUUGCUCGUAUCACUAUCUAUGAACAGCACGACCCAGUGACAAUUAAGAGAUGUCAUCCUCUUAUAAAUAAUUUUUAUAUUUCGGUUUUCAUCUUGAUUUAUUCUGAAUAA